AUGGACUGGAGAGUAAGCGCUACUGUGUAUCGCAGGACGCUUUUGUUUGAACCUGCAAAGUGUGACACGUCUGCACUGCUACUUCACAAGGGCCUGCAGCCUCAGAGAAUGAUCUGUCAUAAGCUGACCGCCAAAACGAGCCGAGCCUUUUUCAGUACGAAGUCGCGAUGUAUUGGUGGCGCCUCGGUUAUUUCGACUGAUCCUUCACUUCCUAGUGGUCACAUUUGUACGGGUCGUUUCUGCCGUUCUUGCAAAGAAGAUCUUAUUGUUGCCCAAAUGAGUACACUAACCACGGACGCGGCGAAUAUGAUUACAGCUCCACCGGUUCUCCAUAAUGAUCUUGGGAAAAGAGCUAUCGCGACUUGUGGAUACGUCUCAGGCAACUCAGCAUCGCCUUUAACAUGUCCAAACGGUUACAACUGUGCUACGGCUAUACACACUGACGCCGUCUUCGGUUGUUGCAACAACAUCGAGUGUCUCGAUGACUGGGGCUGGUGCCGGGACUUUGGACAAGGUGGUUGUCAAGGCUUCGACCUAGAAGAGGGUGUUUGCACCGGUAUCUUUGGCCCAGUACUGCAAUGCUCUGCAGAGGCUCCACAUUGUUUCCGCUAUGCCCGCUCGUCAGCGCGAGGAGAUUCGACAACGUACUACUCGCGUGCAUGCGGCACUGCCAGCCAGGAAAUUCUCGUGCUUGCUACAGCAACUAAUGGAGGAAAUCCAGUGCCAGUUUCUCCAACCACAGCUGUCGCAGACGAUCCCUUUACUUUGAUCCCAGGUUUCACUCAGACUCUUGGUCCAACGUCACCUACGAGUGGACCAAGUAGCAGCAGUAGCAGUGGCAGCAGCGGCCCCAAACUCAGCACAACUGCCAUUGCUUUGAUCGCCGUGGCUGGUCUUGUAGUGUUGGCCCUCACGCUUCUCUUUGGAUAUUGUUGUUGCUGGCGGCGACGGGACAAACGUCGUAACAUUGUGCAUUCCAUUGAGCCAGUUCGGCCGCCAUACGUAGAAACAGAGCCACCAGCUCAAGGCCCAGGCUCUAUCAAUGACUGGAAUCUAGACGUGCCGGUCGGGGCAUCGCCGUCUGUCGCGCCUUCACGCGCAGGGGGAAGUGAGUACGGAGGACCGUCAAGACACCAGAUGGCUGGCCCGAAACUGUUUCAUAUGCACUCUGGCGGAUCUGGGCAAAGGUCAUAUUGA